AGCGCCACGGCGCCCUCCAGGAAGUUCUUCGUCGGGGGAACUGGAAGAUGAACGGGCGGAAGAAGAACCUGGGAGAGCGCAUCACCACUCUGAACGCAGCCAAGGUGCCGGCCGACACCGAAGUGGUUUGUGCACCCCCCACCGCCUACAUCGACUUUGCCAGGCAGAAGCUGGAUGCCAAGAUUGCUGUGGCUGCACAGAACUGCUACAAAGUGACGAACAGGGCCUUCACUGGGGAGAUCAGCCCUGGCAUGAUCAAAGACUGUGGAGCCACGUGGGUAGUCCUGGGGCACUCGGAAAGAAGGCACGUCUUUGGGGAGUCAGAUGAGCUGAUUGGACAGAAAGUGGCCCAUGCCCUGGCAGAGGGACUUGGAGUAAUUGCCUGCAUUGGGGAGAAGCUAGAUGAGAGGGAAGCUGGCAUCACUGAGAAGGUUGUUUUCGAGCAAACCAAGGUCAUCGCAGAUAAUGUGAAAGACUGGAGCAAGGUUGUCCUGGCCUAUGAGCCUGUAUGGGCCAUUGGGACUGGCAAGACUGCGACACCCCAACAGGCCCAGGAAGUACACGAAAAGCUCCGCGGAUGGAUUAAGUCCAACAUCUCUGACGCCGUGGCUCGGAACACCCGUAUCAUUUAUGGAGGUUCUGUGACUGGAGCAACCUGCAAGGAGCUGGCGAGCCAGCCUGAUGUGGAUGGCUUCCUUGUGGGCGGGGCUUCCCUCAAGCCAGAGUUUGUAGAUAUCAUCAAUGCCAAACAAUAAGCCCCCCCCCCCUCCCCCGGCCGUCUUCCCUGUUCUUCUACUAAGCCAGGGACUAGAUAGCCCAGCAGCUCAGUAACAGUGCUCCUCCCCCACCCCCCACCCCACACAUGCUUCUGAUGAUGUCGCCCCCUUUGUGGCCAAGU